UAUUUGCGUACUCUUCCUUCUUGGAAUAUAAUAGGCAAUUGGGUUUGUGAUUUGGUAAGCACUUACAGUCUAGAUAUUUCUAUUAAUCUAAUCGUCGAAAAAAAUAUCGCACCGAAAAUAAAACAAAUGCAAAGCGUUGCUCUCCUGGCUGGCUCAUAAUGAGCCAAAUAAUCUGGGAUUUAGUUUUCUGCGAUACGUUUGAUGUAUGAAAUGGCACAUCCUUAUAAUAUAAGGUCCCAUAUCGAUAUAUCGAUAAAAUAUCAACAAACAUGCAAGCGACUGUUGGCGGAGCAUUUGGAACACCAGCGUAGAUUAAAUAGAAGCUGGUGGCUUGAACCAUGUGCCGAGUGCUCCUCACGCUCGCCUACUUCCUCCUGACCAUCUCGUCCAUUGUGUUUACGGCCUGCGUCAACAAUGUCACGGGCACCAGAUCACCCGGGUCUGGGUCCAGCACCUCCCUGACGGGGCACAUCCACCGCACUGCGGCGGCCAUCGAACGGGUGAACAAGCUCUGGUGCUACGCCUGCCACACGAUGGACGAUGUCGAGUCCUGCGUGGACGUGGCGGUGCGCAAUGAUUCGUCUCUGUUUAAGAAGUGCCAAGGCGAGGAGUUCAUCUGCAUGGUCAAGCGGUUCUCCUAUCCCACCAGCACAGAGAACUCCACGAGCUCUCCGAAGAUGUGGUCCCUGGAUCGCCGAUGUGUCGCCAACUGCGAGCCUGGCUGCAUCAUCAUCGGGGAGCGGACCAAGCUCUACGCCUGCACCUCCUGUUGCGAGGAGUCUUUCUGCAAUACGGGCCGCGGUGCUGCCUCGGGCAUCUUUCAUCGCGGCAUUGGCACGCGUAUGUUCUGGCUAGCUGCUCCUUUUCUGAUCAACAUAUCGCUGGUCCUGUACAAGAGGCACUCCGGUCACGGCCUCAUCAAGCAGCACUAGUUCCAGGCGUGUAGCGCAGCCCGUAGAUCUGCGCGGUACAACCUCAAUGAAUUUACUCGACGAACCCAAUGUUGCUCAAAUCUACUAUUAUCUUUAAUUUCCUAGCCAAGUAGAUUUCGGAUCCUGUAAGCUAACGUAUGCUACGUUUUAUGAAUGUAUGUAGAUAGUACAAUCCAUGAUCUUUCCGUUUGAUAAUAAAUGAUUAUUUUGUCGCUACUGUGUGAGCUCAUGGACACACUGUUCUCACCUCA